AUGGACGAGAUUCGUACUACUGGAAAAUCAGGAAUUGGAUUUAGAAAUAAGAGAUGGGAAGCUAUACUUGAUAAGUUUAAUAAACGUGCUAAUAAAAGUUAUACUCAGAAGCAAUUGAAGAAUAGGAUGGAUAGUUUGAGGAGUGAUUUGAUUAUAUGGAAACAAUUACUGGCCAAAGAAACGGGUUUGGGAUGGAAUCAUGAGAUGGGAACUAUUGUAGCUGAUGAUGCAUGGUGGGAAGCCAAGAUUAAGGAUAAUGCAAAAUAUGCAAAGUUUCGAUUUCAAGGACUGAAAUUUCGUGAAGAAUUGGAAUGCAUAUUUGGAGUGACAAUAACAAGUCAACAUGCAUGGCCACUAGCAAUGGGUGUACCAAUUGAAGAUAAUGCCAUAAAUGUAACUCGAGCUAUGCCUAAGGAAAUUGUUAAAUAUGGGGAUGAAGAAUUCAAUCUCGAUAAACAUGUUAGCCCAGUGGUAAGCAUGCAAAAGACAUUGGAACAAAUAAGCAAUGACACAACUGAAGCUGCUGAAAUGUCAGACAAAUCUCAAGUCCGUGGACAGUUUUCCAUUCCAAAUUGCAUUAAAAUACUCAAAACUCUCAAUGACGAGGGAAAACUGGAUGAUGAACAAUUUUGCUAUGCAGUAGAAUUGCUUAGAGUGGACAAAAGUAGAAUUAUUAUUAUUAUGUCAUUGUCAGAUUCAAUUGGCAAGCUAAUUGUUCCUGGUGCCAAAAUUCCUGUUGAUGGUGCUGUUAUAAAGGGGAAAGGCAAUGCAAAUGAAAGUAUGUUCACUGGGGAGACAAGACCUGAGGAAUCAUGGAUUCUGGAGGUUGAUAAGGGAGACAUGUGA